GGAAACCCGUUUAGACAACUUGGAAGUGAAACCUGGUGAAAAGGGACUCGGUGGCCUUUGAGGAUGUGGCCGUGAGCUUCACCCUGGACGAGUGGGCUUUGCUGGAUCCUUCCCAGAAGAAUCUGUACAGAGAUGUAAUGCAGGAAACCUUGAAGAACCUGGCCUCUGUAGGGACAAAAUGGAAAGACCAGAACAUUGAAGAUCAGUACAAAAAUCCCAGGAGAAAUCUAAGAAGUCUUAUGGGAGAGAGGCGCACUGAAAGUCAACAAAGUAGUCAGUGUGGAGCAAGCUUCAGCCAGGUUCCAGAUCGCAUCCUAAACCAGAAAACUCCUGGAGUAAAACCUUGUGAAAGGAGUGUGUGUGGAGAAGUGUCCACUGGUCAUUCAUCUUUGAAUACACACAUCAGAGCUGACACUGGACACAAACCAUAUGAGUAUCAGAAAUACAGAAAAAAGCCAUACACACGUAAGCAACGUGAGAAAGCCUUCAGUUACCGCUACUCCUUUCGAACACGUGAAGGGCCUCCCACUGGAGAGAAACCCUAUGAUUGUAAGAAAUGUGGACAAACCUUUGUUUCUCUCAUAGACUUUCGAAGACACAUGGUAAAGCAUAGUGGAGACGGACCUCAUAAAUGUAAGUUUUGUGGAAAACAUUUUGCUUCUCUCAGUUUAUAUCUUAUACAUGAAAUAAUUCACACUGGAGAGAAACCAUAUAAAUGUAAACAAUGUGGCAAAGCUUUCGGUUGGUACAGUUCUGUUCGAGCACAUGAAAGAACUCACACUGGAGAGAAGCCCUAUCAGUGUAAGGAAUGCGGGAAAGAAUUCAUUCAUUACAGUUCCUUUCAUAGACAUGAAAGGAUUCACACGGGACAGAAGCCGUAUCAAUGUAAGGAAUGUGGGAAAGCCUUCAACUGUCCUAGUUCCCUUCGCAGUCAUGAAAUGACUCACACUGGAGAAAAACCCUAUGAAUGUAAGGAAUGUGGGAAAGCAUUUACUCAUCGUGUAAGCUUUGAAUGUCACAUGAGAAUACACACUGGAGAUAGACCUUAUAAAUGUCAGAUAUGUGGGAAAGCCUUUUAUUCUCUCCGAUCAUUACAAAAGCAUGACAAAACUCACACUGGAGAGAAACCCUAUGAAUGCCAGCAAUGUGGGAAAGCCUUCAGUUGUUCCACUUCCUUUCGGAUACAUGAAAGGACGCACACUGGGGAGAAACCCUAUGAGUGUAAGCACUGUGGUAAAGCCUUCAGCUGUUCCAAGUACAUUCGAAUACAUGAAAGAAUGCACACCGGAGAGAAGCCCUAUGAAUGUCAGCAAUGUGGGAAAGCCUUCCAUUAUGUCAGUUCCUUUCGUAGACAUGAAAGGGCUCACACUGAAGGGAAACCCUAUAAAUGUAAGUAUUGUGAUAAAGCCUUUACAUCUUCAACAAACUUUCGAAUACAUGAAAUAAUUCACACUGGAGAGAAACCCUAUGAAUGUAAGGAAUGUGGAAAAGCCUUCGUUCGUUCCAGUUCCUGUCAAAAACAUGAAAGAACUCAUACUAUUAAUAUAUGAGAAAAAUCCAAUUAACAUAAGGAUUAGGAAAACAUUCACUUGUCCCAGUUCCUUUUUGUUUUGGAGACAGAG